GUAACAUGAGGAUACUGAGGUCCAGACUCCUCCUGGCUUUCAGCAUUGUCAUCCUUAAUGCAAGGCUGUUCUCAUAUUUACAACAAAGAGAUUGUCUUUCUAGACAUCACUUUUCAAUCCUAGGAAGGAAGAAAGGGAAAAAGCAAAGAGCAAAAGAUAUGUUGAAUGGGUUUGCCCAUUUUUUUUCAUGAAGACAGUAACACUCUGAAAAACCCAAUACUUAACUGCCAUUUAUACAAUAUAUUCUUUGCCCAGAACCGCAUCUCAAGCCCCUCUCUGAUUUGUGGGACUGUGGAAAGCUAAGUAUUUUUAAGCCAAAACAUUACCCACAAAAUUAAUUUGCAUUCUAUUAGAAGGGGAGAUGGAGUGAAUAGAUAUUAGGAAGGCAAUUAAAAACAACUGGCACAGGGAUGACUUCUGUAGAAAGUAAGAGCUAAGAUUUGCGAGAAAGGAAAAUUCUCAGAAGGCCAUUGAGAGAUUUACAGGAAAGAAAAAAUUCCUAUCACUUUUUCUUCUCAAAGAAGAAAAAAGCAGUGAUAAGAAACAGUAUAAAAAAGAACGUGUUCUUCAUUUUCUACAAAGUUGCUGUUGAAGAUACUAUUCAUAUUUUACUCAGUACUCCUUUAUAGAGGCUUAAACUACAUUCAUCUUUGACUGUUUGACUCUUAUCCUUUGAAAUUUUCAUAAUAGCUUUGUUAUAUCUAUUCCUCUUACUUAUAAUAUCCCUUAAGUCAGUUUAGAAGUAGUUGGAAACCACCUAUUGUAGCCAUGACUGAAAAUAAACAAAUGUAAUAAUAUAGCGAGCUUCAGGAAAAAAAUGUGAUCUUUAGAAGAUUUUCUAAACUAAGUAUCUAGUACAAUAGACCUUGUGGUCAGUCCUCAUUAAACAAAAUACAUGGCUAUUGAUAAAAACAGACCCACAUGUAUCCCUGGCCAGAAUAGUACCCUUUUAAUAAAGGAGUUACACACUAUAAAAUUAAUUAAAAAAUAGGCUUAAACUAUCAAAGAUAUUAAUUUUAUUCCUUAAUUUCAGAUUACAUGGAGUAUUUGCUUCCUGAUCCUUCUUAAUGUCUCUAGCCUGCAUUUCUGAAACCUUGGGGAAGGCAUACAAGCUUUGAAAAGAUGGAAAAUUUCUUAGCAUAAAUAUCAGUAAAACAACUCUUUCCUAUGGGAUUUUGAUGUCUCACUGAAGUAGCAAUUAAAACUGGACUCUUUUCAAGUUGUUUAUUCCAAGAAUGCACCUUCUUGAUUUUAAGGAUGAAAAGAUAGGAGCUGGAAGCAAAUUGGAUUCUACUUCUCCAAACCUGAGCAUAUGUAAAAGAAAGCCUUUGCCCAGCAGAAUUAGCAGAUGGUCUAAAUCCCCUUGGAGUACAUGGGCUCAGUUCAACACUGAUUUGGGAUUAUUCAUUCAAAGUCCUUGGUCUUCUGGAACUUUAAUAAGGCUUUCCCUCAUCAGGCUGAUGAUGGCUCACUUCACACAUAACCACUCAAGACUUCUGUGCAGCAUAAAAUAGAAGAUCAAAAGCAGGGUUGAAUCUUUUUUGAAAGAGUUUGGUAACACCAGGCAUUUGAACACUCAGUCACAUGCAGCAGAACCAGGCACAUGGAGAACAGCUGAUUCCACAAAACCAAGGGCUUGGGUUUUGCAAUGGAACGAAUAUGGUUGCUGUUGCUUCUAACAAGUAGAGUGCUUCUGGGGUCUGCUCAGUUUAAUGGCUACAACUGUGACGCCAACCUCCACAGUAGAUUUCCUGCUGAAAGAGACAUCAAUGUCUAUUGUGGGGUGCAGGCCAUUACAAUGAAGAUUAAUUUUUGCACAGUACUUUUCUCGGGUUAUUCUGAAACAGAUCUGGCACUGAACGGAAGGCAUGGGGAUUCUCACUGCAGGGGGUUCAUCAAUAACAACACCUUUCCCGCGGUGGUCAUUUUCAUCAUCAAUCUCAGCACCUUGGAGGGCUGUGGAAACAACUUAGUGGUAUCCACAAUUCCUGGAGUCAGUGCUUAUGGGAAUUCAACUUCAGUACAAAUAGGAAAUAUUUCGGGAUACAUUGAUACUCCAGACCCACCAACAAUCAUCAGCUAUCUACCUGGGCUUCUUUACAAAUUUAGUUGUAGUUAUCCAUUGGAAUACCUGGUUAAUAAUACCCAGCUUGCCUCGUCCUCAGCUGCUAUUUCUGUGAGAGAGAACAAUGGUACAUUUGUCAGCACUUUGAACCUGCUCCUUUAUAAUGAUUCAACCUACAGUCAGCAGUUAAUUAUCCCAAGUAUAGGAUUACCUUUGAAAACCAAAGUGUUUGCAGCUGUACAAGCCACUAAUCUGGAUGGCAGAUGGAAUGUCUUAAUGGAUUAUUGCUACACAACCCCAUCAGGGAACCCAAAUGAUGAUGUUCGAUAUGAUCUCUUCCUUAGCUGCGACAAAGAUCCUCAGACCACUGUCAUUGAAAAUGGCAGAAGCCAGCAAGGCCGGUUUUCCUUUGAAGUGUUCCGAUUUGUGAAACACAAGAAUCAGAAAAUGUCCACCGUCUUCCUGCACUGUGUUACCAAGCUCUGCAGAGCUGAUGACUGCCCCUUCCUUAUGCCAAUUUGCGGCCACAGAGAAAGGAGGGAUGCAGGGAGGAGGACCACUUGGAGCCCCCAGAGCACGUCUGGAAAUGCAGUCCUCUCUGCUGGUCCCAUCAUUACUCGGAGUGAUGAGACUCCAACCAACAAUUCACAGCUUGGUUCUCCAAGGGAACCUCCCUUCCAGCUGAAUGCCAUCACCAGUGCACUGAUAUCAGGAAUGGUCAUCCUGGGAGUGAUGAGCUUUUCCCUUCUCCUGUGCUCACUGGCCCUUCUAUACAGGAAGGCACCCACCAGUUUGGUGUUGAAUGGCAUAAGAAACCCAGUCUUUGACUGACUUUAACAGGUCCCUUCUCUCAGGAGGACUCACUGACUAUACCCUGUGUUACUGCAGUCAGUGUUUUCAUCCAAAUUGAAUGCCAGCCAGCAUUUGAUAUUUGUAGGUGUGAUAGAUUUCACAGUGUAGUUCGUCAGCAUGAUGAUAGUGAAAGAAUUUGGGUGGGAUUGUUCUCGUCGCGUAAGUAUGUGGUCAGCCCUAUUUGUAUGGCACCAGUGGGUAGAAUGACAACAAGCCAACCAUAUUCAGGACUCAGAUCUUACAAGAUCAGUCAUAUUUCAUUUUAUUUCAAUUUUCUUUUGAUAAUUGGUUGUUAUAGAGAUAAAAGGUGGGCAUAGAAAAAAUAUACAUUUGUUGCAUUUUUCCCCCUAAGCAUUUAUAUCCAGUGUGUGCUGGCAUUUAGAUUGUUUAUGUGGUCCUAAAUUGAAAGUUACUUUUUUAUUUGUUUUUUUUUUUUUUUUAUUCCAGAUAAUUCCAGCUUGGGGAUAUGUUUUAAUUGGACUGGUCGAUUUGGACACCUGAGAUUUAAUUACUCUUUCUGUGACCUGAGUUUUUGGCCGAUUUCCAUGUCUGAUGACAUUCAUUUAAAAAACAAACAAACAAACAAACAAACAAACUCAGGAAAUGUGUCUUAACCUGGAGCACCUACCUGUGUAGCAGAAUGUAAAAAUAGUUGUUAACCUCUAAAGGAAACCAAGUGACCCUAGGUCAUUAUUCAUUUACAUGGGAGUGGCUGUGCUGUUUUCUCCUGGUUCACUGAGAACGUCAGCACAAGUUCACUUUCCUCGCAGGUAAACAAGUCAGCUGCAUUUGCAGCUGUGCUUCCAGCAGUGAGGCAGCUGCAGAGAUCAUUCUUCAUUCAAGAGCCAUUGCAUGGAAAAACAAACCAUAGUUGUGGGAGUGGACAUUGUCCCCACACAUAAGCAUAAUGUUCCUAUGGGGUUUUUAGCAACCUAGUUUCCUUUUGUCCCUACGACAAAGGUAAACAGGGUAAGUGUGUUUUGCAGAACAUUGUUGAGUCUCUAUGAAAAAAAUGUCCCUUUCCCACAAAUUUCUGAUGCUAGCAAAGCAAAUAAUCUGGAAGAGCCCUACUUUUUAGGUGUCUUCUUGAAAGUGUCAUGAUGGCCAUGGAAUAAACAGUAUUUUCCUGUAAUAGUAAACUGCAAGAAGUUGUGAUCCUUUGUCAGUUUUUCAAAAAAAUGUUUAAAAGCCACGUAUUAAGCAGCCUCUGUUCUUAGCCAAAAAUCAUCCUUCUCUUUGUUCAGUCUAUUCACACAACUGAAUAGAACAAUUCAGUGACGGGCAUCAAAACCUCGCAUGUGUGGGGGCGCCUGGGUGGCUCAGUCAGGUGAGCGUCCAACUUCGGCUCAGGUCAUGAUCUCUCAGUCUGUGAGUUCGAGCCCCACGUUGGGCUCUGUGCGGACAACUCAGAGCCUGGGGACUGCUUCAGAUUCUGUGUCUCCCUCUCUCUCUGCCCCUCCCCCGCUUGUGUUCUGUCUCUCUCUCAAAAAUAAAUAAACAUUAAAAAAAUAAUAAUUUAAAAACCUAGCAUGUGUGGCUACUACAAGUGCUAUGUUAACCAUAACAACUGCUGUAGAGACUAAUUUCUGUUCAACAUUUGUGACCCAUUAUUCGCGACUUAAUUUACUAUAUUAUAUGCAAAUCACUAUACAAUUUUAAAUUUGUUUCAAAUGAAGUACCUAUGCUCUAAAAUUAGUAAUUAAAUCAAUCAUCAAAUCAAAAUACAUCUUGUCUCCAGUUGCCUCAACAGACCAGAAGUGUUUAUAUUAUAAUAAUUAGUUAUCGGAUUGCCUCAACUUUCUCUUUCAAGGUAUAGACACAAAGUGAAAUGGGAUCUGGAAAGUCUUCAGAUAAUUUAAUCAAUAUGAAAAGGUCUAACACUUAAAAAAGCAAUCUCCUCUUCCCUUUGUUUCUUCAAGAUCACUCUGAAGUGACCAUUCUGAACUUUGAUCUGUGUAAAAAUUUAUUUUCUACUUUAAAGGGAAAACUCCUACAGAAAAAAAAUGUAUGGACCAUGCAUGCUACUUAUGUGACCUUAUAUGUGUACAUGAAUAGUGCUAAAAUAGUCUAGUAAAUCUAUUUCAGAUACUGUAAGUGAAUUGCCAUUAAUCUAAGUAUUAAAUCCUGUGCACAGAAUACUAUCAUUGAAACCAGUUUGUCAGUUUGAUUUUUGUCCUUUAGGGAUGGCUGCUGUUUCAGGUGUUGCGCUUUUACAUUCCAUACACCACUUUUAAAAACUGAAUAAUGGACACAUCAUUUUGCAAGCAACUUACAUCACACGUUACUUUUUUUUGCCAUCCUUUCAUCAUAAAUGGGAGGCUCAGAGCUAUAAUGAGAUGAACUGGGUUUGUUUUAUACAGCUUUGUUCUUCUCAACCUGCUGUUAUGUGUAGUAUUUAGUUACACUGAAUAUUUUGGUUACUAUAGUGUGAAAACCUUACGAAAUAUGUGCAAAUGUUCCUUCAGUUUUAAUACCUCAAACUGUUUUUUUGCACUUCAGGGGUAAGGUCUGAUGACAUGUAAAAGGUGAUUGUUUAAUAAAAUGAUUGUAAAUGAA